AUGAAAGUGAAAAGAUUUCUGAAGGGGCUAGACAAUAAGUAUGCAAACUUGGCUAUGUUGUUAAACCAGCCAUUUGAUGUGGUAGUUGAUUGGGCCAGACAGAUUGAAAUUAGUUAUAUGGGAAAUGAUAGGAGUAGAACAAAGAAAAAUAUAGCUAAAGGGUCAUCAAGUAUGCCACAUAUAAGCACCAUGGGUGGUGGUAGCCAGGGCCACCAAGGUAGAAAGAGUGGAGGGAACAAAAAAGCAGGCCUCAAACAUAGAGCCAGAGGAUUCAAGCUAGGCUAUGGGUCUAGCAGUGGACAGAGUUUGAGCUAUAGUAGUUCUGAAUCUGGUUCAGGGUCUUCUUUAGCACCUUGUACACAAUGUGGGAGAGGAAGAUGCAGCUUUGAAGAUAGAUCUGGGGGUAGAAGCCAAUUCCAGAGUUUUGCAUCUCAAGGUAGAGUACAGGUUCAAGUUUUCACUCUGACACACCAGGAUGAUCAGGCUUCAAAUGCAGUAGUGGCAGGUAUUCUUUCAGUGUAUUCUUUUGAGGCACGUGUCUUGAUAGACUCGAGUGUUAUGCACUCAUUUACUUCCCCUAUAUUCACCUUAAGAUUGGGUAGGAAUCCUACAGCUCUAGAGUGUCCCUUGUCUAUAGCUACCUCUUUUAGUGACAACAUAGAUGUAGAUAUAGUUUUUUUGUUUAGCCCAGUAGUAGUUGAUAGAAAGAUCCUUCCUGCAAACUUGGUUCCUUUGCCAAUGAUGGAUUUUGAUGUGAUCUUGGGGAUGGAUUGGUUAUAUUUGGCAUUGAUAAGGGACACAUCUGUUGAAAGUGUCAGUGUGAAAGAUGUUCCUAUUGUUAGGGAAUUUGUGGAUGUGUUUCCUGAAGAACUUUUAGGGUUGCCAUCAGACCAAGAGAUAGAGUUCUGUGUAGACAUUGUGCUUCUAGACAAGGGUUUCAUCCAGCCAAGCACUUCACCUUGGGGUGCUCCUAUUCUAUUCAUGAGGAAGAAGGAUAGAUCUUUGAGGUUGUGUAUUGAUUAUAGACAACUGAAUAAAGUGACUGUUAAGAACAAAUAUCCACUUCCUUUGAUUGAUGACCUAUUUGACCAGCAACAAGGAGCAAGGUACUUUUCAAAAAUAGACUUGCGGUCAGGUUAUCACCAUCUAAGGAUCAGAAGUAAGGAUGUGUCAAAGAUAGCAUUCAGGACUAGGUAUGGUCAUUUUGAGUUCCUGGUGAUGUCUUUUGGGCUCACUAAUGCACCAACGGCCUUUAUGGAUUUAAUGAACGAGGUGAUUAGGCCGUUCCUGGAUCGUUUUGUCAUCGUCUUCAUAAAUGACAUUUUGGUAUAUUCCUGCACUGAGGAAGAGCAUGUUUGGCACCUAAGGAUGGUACUGCAAACCUUAAGUGGGCAUCAACUAUAUGCAAAAAUUUCAAAAUAUGAGUCCUGGCUGGAGAGUAUCUCAUUCUUGGGACAUGUGGUCUCUAGUGAAGGUAUUCAGGUGGAUCCCAAAGAAAAUUGA